AGUUUCCCGCUAGGUAUAAAAAUCGCGAUCGAAGUUUCCUCCGAUUAAUUAGUCCCUAAAAUCUCUCUCUAUCCGGUUUUAGCUCUUGCAAGGACAAAAAGAUCUGAUGCUGCAUUUUGUUGGUGAAGAUAGUAAUUUAUUCGGAUAAUUUGAUGUUUCUAGAUUGUUUUGAUGAAAUUUUGAAGGUUACAUCAGAAGUUCUAAACUUAAAUCUGCACUGUAGAGCCUGAAAAAAAAGAGGGUAAGCACUGGAAAGGUAUUUGGAUUCCAGCCACCAGGGGAUUGUGCCUCCAAUGGCGCCUUCUCGGGUGGCUGGAGGGAUGGCACAUUCUUCUUCAAGUUCUGGUAUCUUUUUCCAAGGAGAUGGGCAGUCUCAAGUUGCCGGAAAUUCUCACUUGACUUCAUCUUUUGGGAAUUCAUCGAAUUCACUACCUGGAAAUCCACGGUCAAGUUUGGGUCCUCUAUCUGCGGAUGUUAGUAAUACAGUUCUGAAUAGUGUAGCAAGCUCAGGUCCUAGUGUUGGGGCAAGUUCAUUGGUUACGGAUGCCAAUUCAGGACUUUCAGGGGGUCCCAAUCUUCAGAGAAGUGCCAGCAUUAAUAAUGAAUCCUACAUGCGGUUGCCUGCAUCACCUUUGUCAUUUUCUUCUAAUAACAUAAGUGUGUCUGGUUCAUCAGUCAUGGAUGGAUCCUCCAUGGCUCAGCAAAGCUCUAACCAAGACCCAAACUCCCAACAACCUCAACAUAAUCAGCAGCGUCAGGGCGCUUCUAGUGCUACAUCUUUGCCCACAUCUAGAGUGGGUCAGGUUCAGCUGCCUAAUGGUCAAGGCCUUAGGGUUCCAGGAUCAUUCAUCCAGGAUCCUGUUGCUUUGUCGCAUAUGCAAAAGAAACCGCGGCUGGACAUCAAGCAGGAAGAUAUUCUACAGCAGCAAGUUCUGCAACAGUUGUUGCAAAGACAAGAUCCUUUGCACAUGCAGAACUCCAAUCCUCAGUUACAAGCCUUGAUUCAGCAGCAGAGGCUGAGGCAACAGCAGCAACAACAGCAUCAGUUGUUGCAGUAUCUGCCACCGCUGCAGAGAGCCCAACUACUGCAGCAACAGCAGCAGCUGCAGCUAAGGCAACAACUUCAACAACAAAGCGUGCAGCCUGUAUCAGCCAUGAAGCGCCCAUCUGAUGGUGUCUUGUGCUCUAGACGGUUAAUGCAAUACUUGUAUCAUCAGAGGCAACGACCUCCUGAUAACUCUAUUGCCUAUUGGAGAAAGUUUGUGGCUGAGUAUUAUUCCCCACGGGCAAAGAAGAGAUGGUGCUUGUCAUUAUACGAGAAUGUUGGGCAUCAUUCACUUGGCGUGUUUCCACAAUCAACCAUGGAUGCAUGGCAUUGUGAUAUUUGUGGCUCAAAAUCAGGCAGAGGAUUUGAGGCAACUUUCGAAGUUCUUCCCAGGCUGAACGAAAUCAAAUUUAGCAGUGGGGUCAUCGAUGAACUCUUGUUUUUGGAUUUUCCGCGUGAAUGCAGGUUCCCCUCAGGAUUAAUGAUGUUGGAAUAUGCGAAAGCAGUUCAGGAAAGUGUAUAUGAACAACUUCGUGUGGUUCGAGAGGGUCAACUCCGAAUCAUUUUUACCUCUGAUUUGAAGAUAUUGUCAUGGGAAUUUUGUGCUCGGCGCCAUGAAGAGCUUCUUCCUCGGAGAUUAGUUGCACCACAGGUGAAUCAAUUGCUGCAGGUUGCUCAGAAAUGCCAAACUACAUUAACAGAAACUGGACCUGAUGGGGUUUCUCAGCAGGAUUUGCAAGCAAACAGCAACAUGGUUGUCACAACUGGACGUCAACUUGCCAAGAGUUUGGAGUUGCAGUCACUUAAUGAUUUGGGAUUUUCCAAGAGAUACGUGAGAUGCCUACAGAUAGCUGAGGUCGUGAAUAGCAUGAAGGACUUGAUGGAUUUUUGCAGAGAUCAUAAAGCUGGUCCAAUUGAGGGCUUGAAAAAUUUCCCACGACAUGGUACUGCAGCCAAAUUUCAGGCACAAAAUGCACAGGAAACAGAGCAGCAGGUGGGUAUUCAGGGUCUGCCAACUGAUCGCAGUGCGUUGAACAAGCUUAUGUCAUUGCACCCUGGGAUGAAUAGCCAAAUGAGCAAUAACCAGCACAUGGGUGGUCGGGGAACUUUAAGCGGCUCUGCACAAGCUGCUCUUCAGCUCACAAACUUCCAAAAUUCGCUAAUCCGGCAAAAUUCAAUGAAUUCAAACUCAAAUACAACCCAACAAGAUGUUUCUCCUGCUUUCAAUUAUUCGAACCACUCUCAAUCUUCACUUUUGCAAGGGCCAAAUGGUAUAUUGCCAGGGACAAUGCAGAACUUACCUGUCAGUGGCUUGUCAAGUACCAAUCUGCAGCAACAACAGCAGCGAUUACUGAAUAGUGGCUUACUCCCACAAAAUCAAUCUCAACCGUCGCAUGGAAGCCAGGUCCUACAGCAACAAAUGAUCCAGCAGCUCCUCCAGGACAUGAAUGCUAACAGCGGUGGGUGUGGAGUUCAACAGCAGUGCCUUGCUGGACAGAGUGGAGGUGCUAGUGCUUCUAGGGAAGGGCUUGCAUUUGGAAACAAUAGUUCUGUGGUUGCUGCAACAGCUACACAUGGGCCGGGAAGCAGUGUUGGACCCACACCAAGUAGAAGCAACAGUUUUAAAUCGGCUUCAAACUGUGAAUGGGCUGGCAACAGUGCUUUCAGUCAAAAAGCUUCAGAUUUGCCUGCGAGUCUGCAUUUAUCAGAUGAGAUGGUCCCAGAUAUGACACAUGAAUUCAGUGAAAAUGGUUUCUUUAGCAGUGAUCUUGACAACAAUAUGAAUUAUGGAUGGAAGGCUUGACUGACAUGUUUUGCUCCUUUGGUUUUGAUGAGAAAAUGAUACUGCUAUAUAUCUUUGUACAGGUUGAUUGUGUUAGGUUUUUUGUUUUCUUCUGAUUCUCUUCCCUAUUUUGUAGUUUGAGGCUGUUGUGGUGUUAAGCACUUGCCCUCUUUAGGUAUUUAGGUCUACUUUCUUUACCUUUCACACACUCUUGGUGUUUACACCUCGAAAACCAUCCACAAGUGUAAUCUAUAGAAAUGGACUGGAGAACAUUAUUAACUGCUAUUACUAUUCUGUUUCAGUUCGUUUGCCCUUCUGGCCCUUCAUGUAUGUGAAUCCGUGUUUUAAUGGU